GACGAGCAUUAUGGUUGGAAAAAAUUGGAAAAAAAAAUUGGCAAUUUUCUAAAUAUCACCAUAUUUGUGAAGCUCACUUUUCAGAAGACAUGUGGGAAAAACUUCGAAUAGAUGGAAAAAAGAAAUUAAAAUGUAAUGCCGUACCAACUAUUUUUCCAACAAAUUACGAAUGUCUCUUGAAAAGCCAAGAAGCCAAGAAAAACUCUAACAAUAUGGAUCAUUAUCAAGAACAAAGUGAGACUUCAACGAUCUCUAAUGUACAACCUAAUGAGACUUCAACAAACAUUCAACCAAUAGACAAUUUACAAUCUCUUAACAACAAUUUGGAAGACACUCAACUAACUACAGUGAGGAUUGAAAAUCGAACCGAUACCACAGCAUCAAAACCGAAUGUUAAUCAACUAACAUUAGAGUCUGCUUUAUCACAGAUACAAGAUUUAGAAAAGAAACUUACAGAAGCAAACAAGAUUAUUUACGUUCAAAGUCAAGCGAGAACAAGUUACACUUUGGCCCGAGAUUCUGCAGAAUCCGUAAAUUCGUGGGCGCAAUGCGAAACGGCUAUCAUGGAGAUCAGGCGAGAAGACCGUGCGACUAUCGCGGACGAUAGUCCCUCCAGAUUAUAUUCUACGUGGCUGUCUCAAGAAUGCGAAGUGCGAGCUGGCCCUGAGUAUAUAAUCAGAAAAUACACAUUUUUCAAGAACGGCACGUUUCUCCUGUUACGUUAUCAUUAUGCCGAAGAAUCAUGCAGCAUAGCGACGCACACUGUUACAAUUCACGGUUCCAUCAAGUUGCUAGGAUCAUCUGCCAUCGUUUCGGGUGCAACUGAAACGAGAUUUCACGUGGAUGCCAUUAAUAUUGUACCUUUAAAUCGACGGGUCGCUCACAAGUUUGGGCAUAGAUUGAACCUGACUUGCGGUCCCCAGCCGAAAUGGCGACCUUACGUUCCCGAAGUGAUUUACGAGCAGCCACGGCAACGCUCGGCGGCGUUAUCGUGGCAAGGUCCAAUCUACAAUUCUCUGCAGAUACACUCGUCUGCGAAGAAGAAGCUCGGUAUGAACUGUUUAGAGCCUUUUGGGAUCGAAUUCGCCGAAUUGAAGCUGCUGAGAGUGCAGAAGAAAUCGUUUGAAAGCUCGUCCAGCAAUCGGUACCAUAAGCUUCCACAAAUUCAACUUUUUUUAGCCAGCCCAACACCCAACAUUCAUUCUCGCUGGAAUUAUAAACCGACCUCUUUACAGUCUACCGCUAUGAUCCGCGCCGACACGGUGAGCGGUUGCCCGAUAUGCAGCAGCGUGUCUCGGAGUACUGAGUUCAGUCCACCUCUUCUUCAUCAAACGGCAGCUCUACCCGCACUCAUCGGAGGUUAUUGGCACAGCGAGAGAUGCGAAAGCUCCGAGGGCGGUGUCUGGUCCAGACGUCAAUUUCAGAUACACUCGGGAGAUAAAUUGUGGGCCGGUCAAUGGGACUAUUACAAUGAUCCGCAAUGUUCAAUGUUUUUGUACGCGAUAACUGCGGCUGGAAGUUAUAUCCAGCGAACUGGAAGGCAAAGACGUCACGAACAGGUCGAUCGAGAGACUUUUCUCGGCCACUAUCUCAAUAUCUCCACAAGGCUCUUGUUCAAAAGGAGCGUCACCAAUUCGCCAACUAUUCAUCAUACUGUACAAAGCAUUAUAUUAGAUCUCUAUCAAAACAAAUUUUAUCUCGCAUCAAACGGGUCGAAAAACGAGAAGCGGCCUGUCACAAUAGAUAAAAAGGUACAAGAAAGACAGGAAAGAUCGCUGACUGACGACGUACAUCGACAGCUGUUGCGCGACGAACAGUCUAUAGUUGAAUCAAGAUUCGCAGCGAUGCUACGAGGUCAUCAAGCAUACGAGACCACUACCAGAAAACCUUUUCCCACCUGGAGCACCCUCACUGGUACUACGGAGCUGGAUCUACACAUUGCCGAGAGCACUUUAAUUCCUGGAGACGCCGCGAUAUCCACUCGUUGUAGCGCCGAUGCCGCCGAUCGGCGCAGGCUCAGCGCGGGCGUGCCACUCAUCACCUGGUCGAGAAAUUGCGUGCCUCGCGCCGUCGAAGCGCCCUCCACGUUGGGACUGCGGGCCAAACUGGGCAUUAACUGGAACAGUCAGUACAUCCUACUGUUGGGCUCGCGAGACGACAAUAUGUGGGAGGCUCCUCUGCGUCAAUGCGCGCAGAUUCCACCCCACAAUUCUGUUCUGCGAGCGCAUCUUCGGAGAAGCAUCGGUCUUCGAUUCGGACUGCUCCCUGCUUCAGCGUCGUCGAGUCGACUCUCCGCUUGGUGUCUCUUAUCGUGUAUUUUACUGUGCUUCAUAUAUUACCUCGUUCGACGGUGAUAUCCGCCGAAUCGUUUAUACUUUUACUAAGGAGCAUUUGGAUUCGGAAUUUAAGAAAGAUAUUUGAUGUGGAAUACA